ACGAACACCGCCCUCCAGUAUUACGCUAGAGACACGCGCCCAGCCCCAGGAAAAUUGAAUCCGUGUGCCAUAUCGCCCAUUUGCUGAACAUCAUGCUGGCACAAAACGAAUCCUAUGGCUCCUUCGGGCAUACCAAUGCCUGUUCUUUCACUCUUGAACACCUUCAGCUCCCGCGCAGAAGACUAGCUACAACUCGAAGAACCAUAAAGUCCCACAAGCUUCGCACAGUUCCACCUGCAACACCCGCCUACCGCCCGUUUCUAGCAUCAGGCACUACCCGCGCGAAGAAAGCCAUACGCCCAAAACACGAAGCCUUUUCGCGCGACAUGUCUGGUCACAGUUACUCGUCUUCUGACCCAGACAACUACUCAUACGCUCCGGCCUACCCAUCAACGGUACCUCAGUACACGCAAACACAGAUUAAUCAAUACUUCGCACAAUACCAAUGUUACCCACCGCAGCCGUACCAUGUUAUCGCAGACUACUAUACUCAGCCCGUCACUGUUGCUCAUACCAGCUAUCAGCCGGCAGUAGCGGAACUUCCAUAUGACACUGCGCAUUGGCAAGGACAGGCGGAUAACCUUGAAUUGCCCACCUCUCAAGGACCUACAAGGAGUAAUAGUAGCACAAGAACAUGGACAUGCGACAUUCCCUCGUGCACCUCCGCCGCAAACUUCACCCGCCUCGCCGACCUCCAGCGCCAUCAGUCGACCGUCCAUGGCGUGGGCACUCCAGAGUACCCCUGUACUGUACCCCAUUGCAACCGUGUAGGCAACAAGGGUUUCACACGACGAGACCACCUCAUCGAACACUUGCGCAAUUUUCAUCACAUCGACAUUCCGAAGAGGCGUCCCGGUGAGAGAUCUGCAUUCCCAUUCGGGUUUCCCGAAGGAUUCCAGAAUCAGUGAGUAAGACAUGGGCAAGAAAAUGAGGAGGGUUGAUGUGGAUGC